CUGCCCGUGACGUCAGCAGCUUGGCCGGUGCCCCCUUUGCAGCCAGCAGGAGGAGAGAGGGAGAGAGGCAGCCGAGGAGAAGAAGGCGAAGAAAGGAGAGGAAGGAGGGAGGGAGGGAGUUAUGCAAAGACGGAGGUCAGUGGGGAACAGUUGGCUUGUGUCCUGGAGCAGGGUGCAGCAGCAGAAGAAGAAGCAGCAGAGGAAGGAGUCUCUCCAGCCACUUGUUUUCCUCAUCCUCCUCCAGCAGGCAGCGGAGACCUACACCCCACCUGACAUACACUUACUCAAGUGUCCUGGGAGUUGGAGGUAGACGGCGGCGGCUCGGUGUCCCCUCCAUUCAUCGUCUAGUAGCUGAUCCUGGGAGGGGAGCAUGGCUUCUUCUACCAGCGGGAUGGAGGAGGUGCGCUCCUCGGUACUUACCCCUCUUAAGCUGGUGGGACUUGUGUGCAUCUUCCUGGCCCUGUGUCUGGACAUCGGAGCCGUUCUGAGCCCAGCCUGGGUGACGGCGGACAAUCAAUACUACCUGUCCCUGUGGGAGUCGUGCAAGAAAGUGGGCGAGUGGAAAUGUGAGAACACCCUACAGAGCGAUUGGCAGAUUGCAACACUCGCUUUACUACUGGGUGGCGCAGCCAUCAUUCUCAUUGCAUUCCUGGUUGGUCUAAUUUCCAUAUGUGUGGGAUCUCGCCGGCGGUUCUACAGGCCCGUGGCGGUCAUGUUGUUUGCAGCAGUUGUUCUUCAAGUCUGUGGUCUUGUGUUGUAUCCAAUCAAGUUUAUUGAGACUGUCACUCUAAAGAUAUACCACGAGUUCAACUGGGGCUAUGGAUUAGCAUGGGGUGCAACAAUAUUUUCAUUUGGAGGUGCCAUACUUUACUGCCUGAACCCCAAAAACUAUGAAGACUACUACUAGAUUGGAGGACACUUCUCCAGUGGUGGGUCAAUGUCUCAUGGUUUGGACCCAUGUGAAGCAGCUUGCUUUGUGGCUGGGAAGAAGCAGCACUAAAGUUGCUGGAGCACUUGAAACUUCUAAAUGUGACAUUGCUCUAGGAUUUGAAACUCACUAAAUACAAUGGACUUCGGCUUGAGUUUGUGUCAUGUAGAAAAAGGCUGUGCAGCUGUGAUCAUUCUUUUUUCCUUUUUAGAGCCGCUAAACAUGUAAACGGUGAUGAUUCAAAGUGCCCCCAAUUCACUGUUAUAGCGAAUUUUCACUUGAGAACUGUAAUUGAAUGAAUCAAAUGAUUUAAAUUUAGGCAGUAAAAAUGAAUUUGGUUAAUUCAGCUCUUCCUUUAUUUUAUUUUUUUUAAAUAUAAAAUGCAAUUAAAGGGAUCUAUGCAUUGGCAACAUAGUCAGGCUAAUGUGUUAUAAUUAUCAAGGAAACACAUAUAUUUGAAUAUCAGAAUAUAUCUGUAAUUUUAACAAAAUGGUAAAUCAUUUUGUACUAGGACUGCCAUAGGCAAAGGGUUUAGGUUUUACUGUAACUAAUAGAUCAUUUGGUUAAUAUAUUUUUGAAUGUUGGCAAAUUUUAUUACAUAAUCAUCAGAUAUGAGAUUAUGUGUGAAAAAAUACAUGAGCAAAGGUGUGAAAAGCGUGGCAAGUAUUUUGAGCUAAGCUUAAGUGAAAGGCAAUACAUGUAAAAUUACUUAAAAGGCACAGUAUAUGAAAUGUCCAAAAAAUAUAUAAAACAAUGCCAAUAUAAGAUAUGUCAACUGAAAUUUCAGAUGUACUUAUGAUUGUAGAUCAAUUACAGUAGUCUUUGGUGUAGUGGAUCAGUGCAGGACUAGAUAUGAAUGAAAUGUUACAUAUGCGUACAUGUCCUUUGUCUUUUAUUUUAAAAUCAAUUGAUUCUGCUAAAGUUGUCUAAAUUGAGUGUCAGGAUAUUACUGGGGUACCACCUACUUUUGCAGCUAUGCUUGGCAUAGAAAUUGACAACAGAUGAGGUUGGAAGUUUUUCAGCUGGUAGUGUAUUAUUCUCUUAAGAGAAAAGUGAUACCAUUAGAGUCUGCUAUGUACAUGUAGGCUUGUACAAUGGUGCAUGUCAGAUAGAGGAAAAAAGCUUAGGUGGUCACUGAUUGUAGUAUUUUAAUCAGCAUUCCAAACUAAUGGGUAACAUUCAAAAUUGACAUUAUUUUUAGUGUAUAACAUGUACAAUGCAGCAUUGAAGUAUGAUGUGCCUUUUAUGUGUGAGCUUCUAGAGAAUCAUUUAUAUUACACGUCUGUCCAAAUAUUAUCAAGGGUUAUAUUUCUGACAUAUUGAAAAAGUUGUGUAACACAAAUUAUAUAGUCCUAGCAAAGCCGGAGCAAAUCAAGCUUUGUAUUUUGUCAUUGGCCUAGUGGGCAAAGAGGAUAAAAGUAUGUGUAAAAGCAUCUAAGAAAAAAAGACACUUCAAAUACACAACUAAAUAUGAAUUGUUAUAAUACACAGGGAAUGGAAGUGGCAAUAAUAGUGCUAAAAAUGUAGAUGCAGCUAAUACAGUCUGACUGUAAGCAUAAUUAAAGGGCCCUUUGCAUUUGUAAGCCACUAUUUUUACAUUUCCUUAUGUUAUAGUACAUUUAAACUUAAAUUUAAUCCAAUUAGGGCCCUGUUUUGUGAAGCGCCAAGCAUAUGCUAUAUUUUGGUUGCUUGACACACCCCAAAAUUGUUCAAGGGUUCUAAGCUUUCAAUGUUUUUGACAGACUGUCUUCCUUUUCUAUGGUAUAAGAUUAGUGUGUUUCCUAGCAAUCAGAUUUGCCUUAUAAUUUUAAUAAUUUUCCGAAAUAAUAAAAUGCAGAUUGGCUGCUAAGGAUAACACAGACAAAUCUUGUUUGACACACGUGGAUAAAUUCUGUUAAUACAAAGAUGUAUAUUUUCAUAUAUGAAAAUACUAAUCUGAUAAAAAGCCUAAAAAGUAUCAAUAAAUGAAUGAACAAUUAGCACUAACAAUAUAGCCACAUUUAUUUUAUUUUUUUAUGCAGUCUGCAUUAUAUUUCACCAGACUCAUAUAUGCUUUCCAGUAUAUAAGCACAGAAGUUGUUUAUUAUUUUUGAUAAUACUGUUGUGCAGUAUGCAAUAAUGUUUAGGUUAAAGAUAGAGAAAAUAUAGUUAUAAAUCUGUAUAAAAAAGAAAGAUACAGCACAUGAAACAGCUUUCUGUUUAUUGCUUUGAAUUUAAGUUUGUAUCUGUAAUGAAAACUUACCAGAAGUUGCAUUUUAAUGUGAAAAUACUGCAACAUUUAUUUUUUACUAAAUGUUAAUGAUGUUGAGUUACAUGAGGGCAGUAUAGCUCCAAAUAAAUAAUAUGUUCCAACAACA